ACAAAAAUAUGAGAAACAUUUACUCUAUAUUUCUCCUUUUGUUAGCAACAAGAAUUAGGGUUGAAGGUCGAUAUCUGACAGAACUAGUUUCAGAUGGUGUUCACAAAGUUGAACACAACGAAACUUCUUACUUAGUUCUGAAAGGAAUUGAUGAUGAAUCCUGCGAGGAGCACUGCAAACAAAUGUAUGGCUUCUUGCCAUGCACAGACAAUAUUUUUGGCCAUCUCUUUCUUAUUUUGGUGUAUGAGUAUUUGCUGUUCCAUGGAGAAUCAUAUUUGGCUAAAGGAGGAGAACAAAUCUUCAAGAUUCUUGGCCCUGGUAUCUUUGGUGCUAGUGCUUUUCACAUCCUAGCUGCCCUUCCAGAGUCCCUAAUUCUUCUUGUUUCAGGACUUGUGAGCAAUAGGGAGAUAGCAGAAGAAUAUGGCAUGAGUGGGAUUGGGUUAUUGGCUGGAUCAUCUAUUUUGCUUCUAACUGUAGUUUGGGGAAGCUGUGUCAUUGUUGGAAGACAACAAUUUCAGCAUCAUUCUUCUGCUUCUAACUCUCACAACAAAACUGUUAAAGCCUUCUUUACUGGUUACGGCAUUACUACGGAUUUGGAAACAAGUUACACUGCAAGAAUAAUGGUUUGCUCUGUGAUGCCAUUUGCAAUCAUGCAAAUCCCAAAUUUAUUCAAUUUCUCUUCUGAGUUAAGAAACGCCACCUUACUAAUUGCUCUCAUUAUUACCUCCAUUUUUCUCUUCUUCUACUUCGUUUACCAGAUUUUUGAGCCAUGGGUACAGAAAAGAAGACUGGAAUAUGUGAAACACGAUCAUUUAAUAUUGAGAAUAUUACAAGAUGUUCAGAAGAACACCCUGCAGAGGAUCUUCACAAGGAAUGGGACUCCAAAUGUGAGUGCCAUAAGGAGGUUAUAUAGGGAAAUAGAUCAAGAUGGGAGCAGUGGUAUAUCAGCUUCUGAAGUGAGAGAUCUUCUGCUCAAAAACAAAGUUACUGAAACCAAUUUUGAUGAGGAGAAAGAAGUAGAACAGGUGUUACAGAUUUUUGACCUGGAUGGUGACAAAAGAAUAAGCAAAGAGGAAUUUGUUACUGGCUUCACAAAAUGGCUUCGUCAAACACAGCACGCUUUAGAGAAACAGUAUUUUUCAAGGAAAUCAUUGAAAAACAUAUAUCAGGUUUUUGGUCCAUGGAUUGAAAACAAAAGAAAAGAACGUGAAGGAAAGAAACAGCUUAUAUGUGAAAUCUUGAAGCAUGUUCAGAGUGAUGUGGUUGGUAGCCUUCUCACAGUAGAUGGAAAACCAGAUGAACAAGCUAUCAGAGGGUUGUUUGUGAAAAUUGAUCGUAAUAGAGACAACUUCAUUUCCCAAUCUGAGUUAAGAGAUCUAAUCAUGAACAUCAAGUUUGUCAAAGCAUCAAUGGAAGUAGAAGAAGCAGUAGCUCUUGUCAUUGAAGAACUUGACAUUAAUAACGACAGCAUAAUUAAUGAGGAGGAAUUUGUUUCUGGGUUUCAGAAAUGGCUUAGCUCAACUUCAGCUCCUGCUCCAGUGUCACAUUCUGAGUCUCAAGAAGAUAUGUAUCAGAGCUGGGAAGAGGUUGACAUGGUGGUAGAAGAGAAGCAAAGCGAAGCAGUAGUUGAUAAAACAACAUGGGCAUGGUUUAAGGCCAUUUCAUAUGUGGUGCUAGGAAUUGCUAUGCUAUCCAUUUUGGCAGAGCCUCUAACAGAAAGUGUGCACAACUUCUCUAACAGUGUAGGACUUCAUCCAUUCUUUAUGUCAUUUAUUCUGGUCCCCUUAGCCACAAAUGCUAGAGAAGCAACUUCAGCAAUCAAAGAAGCAAGCCAUAAGAAGCCAAGAACCACUUCUCUUGCCAUUUCUGAGAUUUAUGGAGGGGUGUUGAUGAACAACAUUCUUGGCUUCUUUGCAAUCUCAGUUCUGAUCUGUGUGGGACAAGUCACUUGGCAAUAUUCUGCUGAAUUGCUGGUUGUUGCUAUUGUUUGUUCUAUAGCAGGCUUAACUGCAAGUUUUCGCUCCACUUUUCCUCUAUGGUCAUCAUUUUUCGCAAUCCUCUUGUACCCAUUGUCCUUGGUUUUGGUUUUUGUACUUGACCAGGUUCUUCAUUAUAAGUAGCAACCUCUGAUGUCUUGUUCCAAUUGAAACACUUCAAUUUUUUUAAGUUAUAUGACAUCGAAAAAUGUGUUUA